AUGCACAUUGCCCUUUUGACCAACCCGGCCUCGGGCCAGGCCAAUGUCCAUUUCGCCACGGCGCAGGAGCUCGUCUCACAGGGCCACCGCGUCACAUUUCUCUCGGCCGAAUCAUGCGGUAGCAAAGUGUCCCGUUUUCGCCAAUGUCAGCCUUUGUCGCGGCAGUCUCUCGUUCACUUCAUAAGUUUGGGUUCUGCGCAAAUCAUCCAAGACUACACCAAAUUAGCACAAGUCGAACUAUCGACUAUGCAAGGAGAGCCCGGUAGCAUCAGAAGUCUACUCACAGGCAUCAAUGGGGCGUUUGGUCCUAGCGAGAUCUACGCCGAUGUGGCUAACAAGGUCUCGGCAACACUUGAAGAGUUGGAUCCCGAUAUGGUUUGCGUCGACUGCUUCUCCUCUCCCUACAUUCACGGAACACGGAUGGCCCAGCGCAAGCACAUUGUCUUUGUACCAUGCUCGCCGGGUCUCACUGCGUCGCGAGGCAGCUUUAUACCCUAUCCAAUUGCUGGCAAUCGUAAAAGAUCCUGGGGAACAUUAUUCGAGAAUGCCGUUCUUCAAGCGCACGAGUUUGUCCACAGUCGGACGGACGCCAAGCGACGAGCGAAGCGCCGCUUACUCCUCAAGGGAUUCAAACUAAAGUCUUUCGGACACUCUGAAGACACAUGGAUUCUUCCCCCGUAUUGGAAAGAUGACAACUGCGUAGCUGGCGUCCACUUCAACACCUUGGGUCUCGCAGACUGUCCAGAACAACCGUCCAAGCUAGCGUUUGUGGGAGCUGGUCUUUGCCCGGACAUGUCCCCCGUCAGCUCGGACCCAGACGAGGACGUCACUUGGAUGAAUCAAGCCCUGGCUCUUGAAGAAGACGUCGUCUACAUGAACAUGGGGUCCAUGUUCAUCUGGCGCGAAGAGGAUUUCUGGAACUGCAUGCGGGCGUUCCAGUACGUCAGCGAAAAACUGCAGGGCCGCGUGCGCUUCCUCGUCAAGAUCAACUCGCCCAUGGCCGCCGUGACGGACGCCUCCCUGCACUUCACGAUCCCGCAGCAGGACCUGCCCGCGUGCGUGCGCCUCACGCACUGGGUCAAGAACCAGGCGGCCAUCUACUCGCACCCGGCCCUGCGCGUCUUCAUCCACCAUGGCGGCGGCAACUCGUUCAACGAGGCGGUGCACUUUGGCCUGCCCCAGCUCGUCCUCAGCCAGUGGUUCGACACGCACGAGUACGGCUACUGCGCCGAGAAGUUUGGCCUCGGCUUCCGCAGCCGCCGCCCGCCCGCGAUUGAGCGCCGCGACGUCGAGUCCAAGCUGCUGCGCAUGCUCGGCACCGAGUGGCCCGUCUACAAGGAAAACUGCAUGGCCUGGGCGGUCCGCAGCCAGAUUGGAGGCGGCGCCGCGGCGGCGGCCAGGUUGGUCCUCGCGCACGCGGAGCAGGGCAGCAGGAGCGUUUCCAGUCAGUCGUCGCGCAAGUCUUCAAUGUGCUACUUGAAGGAAGAGCGCUUUCACGAGAAAACGCUGGUCUAG